UACUACCGUCCAAAGUCCCCCCUAAACGAGCACGAAUCGUGGCUUGUUAUCGUUGUCUAAAUAAACUGGCGUAAAAGCAUUGUAUAAUCAGUGGAAGAACAAAUGUAUGACUGACUUGUCUAGCUAGCUACUCGUUCUCAAGGCUAGCUCCAUGAACAACCUGAAUGAUCCCCCCAGGUGGAAUAUCCCUGUUAGGCCAGACCCUGGAAGAGGUCCUGUGGACGGCAACCAAUGGAAUUAUGCCCUGCUCGUGCCCAUGCUGGGACUGGCUGCAUUCCGUUGGAUCUGGAGCCGUGAGUCCCAGAGAGAGAUCCAGAGUCUGAGGGCCCAGUACAACAGAAACAUGUCGACGGUGACCAGCGACCUGGAGGACAAGUACCGUGACUCCCUGACAGAGAACCGCCGUACGGCCGCCCUGCUGGAGCUGGAGCUGGAGAAGGAGCGCCAGCGUGUCGUGGGCUACCGCCAGGCCCUCAUCUCCCAGAGCCAGCAGCUCAUGGGGGAACGCAAGCAGCUGCAGCAAGAGAGGGAGCUUCUGGAGCAAGAGAAGAGGAACGUUCUGGAGUCGGGUGCUGCCGGGGCUGUUUUGCGCCACUCCCUGAACCGGGAAAGCGAGUGGCACAGGCAUGCGUCGGCAACGCUGAAGGAGCUGGAGGGAGAGCUGGUGGAAAGGCAGAGCGCCUACUGCAGCCUCAUCCUGCCCAGGGAGCAGAGGCUGGAGAUGGAGAAGAACCUCCUGCUGAAGGUGGUGAAGGAGCCACUGGGAGGAGACAUCGACCUGGAGACGGACCUCAAGGACAUUUUUAAGAACGACCGGCACUGUGCUGACCUCCUCAACAUGGACAAGAGGAAGAACGGCAGCCUGAUGUGGGUCUACCUACGAUACUGGCAGCUGCAGGUCACUAUGCAGAAACAUAAGAAAGCUGAGGAUGUCAUAAUGGGUACCCAACCAAACUUUAAGUGACCUUUAUACAAGACUCUGGGUUGAUUUUCAGGACACAGAAAAAAACUAAUCUUGAGUACCUAUUAAAACUAGUCCUGAACAGAUAUUAAGGCUUGUUCAGGGUUUAGAUUAAGACUAAUAUUAGACUGAAUUUCAAAAAGAGUUUUCUCUAAACAUUUAGAGAAGGCCCAUGAGAGUAAAUCUCUGUGGGAUUUUGGGGGUGACAUAAAAUAAAGUAUCUUCCUUGAAAGCGAUUUGCAGUCUAGGACUAGGAAUCUAGGACUGCAAAACCUAUAAUUAGGAUUAUACCUGAGUUUGGUAUCUUAAUCCAUGUUCAUCAUACAUAUCUCUUGACUACUGACUAUUACCAUAGAACGUCUGCUGCAGAAACCCACGUUAAUUACUAUAACCCAUAGUGUCACAGUAAGUAAAUGUAAAAUGUUAUGAUGAUUUGACCUGAGAUGCUCUUUGUGCAUGACGUAGUCCCAGAUCAACAUUGGAUGUUAUUGUUUGGCUCCUCGCAAUUACUGUACCAAUCAACUUACCCCAGGAAAUGGGGCAGGGGACAGAGUAACAGGAAUAUAUUUGGCCUACAUUAUCUUUGUGGACUUCAGAUAGUGAGAAAGCAGGUGGAAACUAUGCAAAACUAUGUCUAAAGUCUAAAGCGUAAUGCCUACCAGUCACGCACAGAUGCUGUUGCAGGGUUUUUUCAUGUAUUAGGUGGGGUUUAUGCCAUGGAUAUUAGUUAUUGAUGCCCAAGAGUGGAAUUACUUGACAAUCACUGUUUAACAUGAUAUCAUGAAUAAGAAAUGGCCAAUAGCAGUAUGUUAUCUGUUAUUAUUGAGUUUAUUUGCUGUGUACAUGUGUGCUUCAAGAAUGUGUAUAGGAAAUGAGGGAAGGGUGUUCAUGAUGUAGGAGUGGUGAUUCAGUUUCUCGGUCCUUCGUGUCCAUAUUAUCAAAUGUAUCAUAAUUAUAAAAGGUAAAAGGCAUCCUGGAUCCACACUCUUGACCACAGGUAACCCUGUGGAGCUCAUGCAAACUGCUACAUUGUUUAGCAGCAGCACUAAUCUAUUGUUUUUGCACAACUCUACACCUCCUGAGCCAGAUAGAAUAGCUGGUACCAAACUUGAAUUGAGAGUUAGAUUUGUCUGUGUAAAUGUAAAGAUAUACACACAAUUGUGUGUAAAUAGUAUGCACCAUCAAAAAGACAUUGGGAGACCAUCCUGUACGAUCCUAUGAAUAAAGCCUUUGUGUGGAUUUACUGUUUAUAA